CUAGCACUUUUACUCCUCCCGUCUUACAAACCAAAAUCGUACUAUCCCUCACUCUUUACUCUGAUCAUUAUCGCCGGUUAUAAUGGCAGGUUCGCCGUCGCUAAUGGAACCCAGCAGCGACACCGACAAGCUCAGCUACGAGAUCUUCACUAUCCUGGAGUCCAAGUUCCUUUUCGGCUACGACGACUCCAAGAUUUUUCUCCCUGCAUCAGCACCGGAGACGCCGGCGAAGACCCCUUCCAGCCUGGAGUCCUCACCCGGAAAGAUCCGCAUCCUAUCCAUAGACGCCUCUACCGACAGUCUCCUAGCCGCCGCAUCCCUCGUCCGUCUCGAAUCCUCUCUCCGCCGACUAUCCGGCAAUCCCGCCGCUCGAAUUGCUGAUUUCUUCGACAUCGCUGCAGGAUCCGGCACUGGCGGUGUUCUUGCCGCCUUGCUCUUUACCCGGGGUCCUGAUGGCCGACCGCUCUUCUCCGCUGACGAUGCUCUCUGCUUUCUAUUAAAAACCGGCGCCGUGUGCGAUUCGACCGGCGAGCGGAAGGGGCUUUUCCGCCGGAUCUUCCGGCGAUCCGUUGGCAUGACUUUCCGAAAGGUGUUUGGGAACGCGACGCUGAGAGAUACAUUGAAGCCUUUGCUGAUCCCCUGCUACGAUCUAACCAGCGGCGCGCCGUUCCUCUUUUCGAGAGCGGACGCCGUGGAGGCUGAUACUUAUGAUUUCCUGAUCAGGGAGGUAUGCACGGCCACCUGCGCAGGAAGGGUGGCGUCGGAGAUGAGGUCGGUGGACGGCCGUGCUUGUAUUGCUGCGGUCGGCGGUGGGGUAGCAAUGCCGAACCCUGCGGCGGCCGCCAUCACGCAUGUGCUUCACAAUAAGCAGGAGUUCCCUUUUGCUGCUGGCGUUGAUGACCUCAUCGUCGUUUCGCUUGGCAGUGGAGAACAAGAUAUCGCCGGCGGCUGCGCUACGCCGUCCACGGCUGAAGUCGUGCGGAUCGCCGGGAAUGGAAUGGCCGACAUGGUUGAUCAAGCCAUAGCUUUGGCCUUUAGGCACCACAGGAUAAACAAUUAUGUUCGCAUUCAGCAGGCAAAUGGGGUUGGACUCAGAAGUCCAAAAUGCUCAAAGGCUGCAAGCCGUGAAGCAAAGAUGAUGAGGAUAGAAGAGAUGCUAAGUCAAAGAAACGGUGAAACUGUGCUUUUCCAGGGGAGGAAAGUAUCGAAAGAGACCAAUGCCGAGAAGCUGGAAAGAUUGGCCGGAGAACUCAUCAAAGAGCAGGACAAGAGAAGCAGAUCUUCCAUCCCCACCGUUUUUAUUAAGCAGGCAUUGACUCCGAGGACUUCGUCGGCCACCACCGCCACAACCACCACCACCUCAACCAGAAGGUCGUUGGGCUCUCCUUGAUUUUCUUCAGAAAAUUGAAGAAGAUGGUCACUUUGCAAAGAGCCGUUAUAUUUAUCAAUAAUGAAAGUCUGCAUAAGUUUCUCACGGGUUCUGUAACGGCAGCCAUAAAUUAUAGUUGGUGAUGCAAAAAAACAAGCUCGGCUUCGCUUUUUGAGGCGCCAUUGGAGCAGCAGCACUAGAAAUACUACUACUUCUGUGUACAUUGUAAUUGACAAGAAUCGAUUUAGAUUCUUAGUAAGAUUUUUCUUUCUUGGGGUGUUGGUUUCCGGGUAAAGUGAGUUCCGGAGUGGAAUGCUUGUUGAGGUGAUUAUUUAUCUCCUAAUAAUAAGUCCUUGUACUGUAAUUCCGAAGCUAUUAAUAAAUGAUUGAGAGUAAAGAUUCCUUCU